UCCCUCCGUGUAAGCACCGCCCGCCCGGUCGCCGUCAACAACACCGCAGUCGAUUUUCUCCCAUUAGCACUCGUCGAAUAAGCAAGCAGGUAAUGAUUGUUUGCUAACUAAAACCGAGUCGUUCGACUACAGUUUCACCCGAUUUGGGGGGCUACUCCAUCAGCGGUGACAACCAACAGUGAGUGCGGCGGCGAUAUCUCGCUCGUGUCGCCGCAACUGGAGGCAGCUCGCGCGGUUAGCAUCUCGGCGACACGGCGCUAGCUGGUUAAGCUAGUUAGUUAGCUAGCUGGCUGGAUGGCUGCAUGACGCUUUGCCUGGCUUUCCUAAACAACCGGCUCUCUCUUAUUUGUUGCCUCGACGAGACAAUGAUUCGCCUUUGACAGUGAGAGGGAGCGAAGGGCCGCCGGGUACUGUGUGAGCACAGGUUGAUCUCAACGCGGGUUUGCCACUGAUGCCAAUUUGGACCUGACAAUAUGAUGCCGAUGAUCUUAACGGUGUACCUCAGCGACGGGGAGCAGGCUGCGACAGAGGUGCCCAUCACCCCCGAGACCACGUGCCGCGAUGUCGUGGAGUUCUGCAAAGAGCCCGGCGAAAGUGGCUGCCACCUGGCCGAGGUCUGGCGAGGCAACGAUGAAAGUGUCUGUGUCUGCAGAGCGGGCCAUCCCAUUUGAGCACAUGAUGUACGAACAUCUCCAGAAAUGGGGACCUCGCAAGCAGGAGGUCAAGUUCUUCCUGCGCCAUGAAGAUUCCCCCACUGAGAGCAGUGAUCAGGGGAGUCAGCAGUCCCAGGAUCCAACGAGGAGCGGCAACGCCGGAGAGAAGCACAACGACAAGGGGGUUGGUAACCAGCGUGUGGAGCUGACGCUGUCCGAGCUGCAGGAGAUGGCCACGAGGCAGCAGCAGCAGAUUGAGGCUCAGCAGCAGAUGCUGGUCGCCAAGGAGCAGCGUCUGCGCUACCUCAAGCAGCAGGAGCGGCGUCAGCAGCAGACGGCCACCGAGAGCGAGAAGCUGCAGCGGCUGAAGGAGCGCGUGGAGAGCCAGGAGGCCAAGCUCAAGAAGAUCCGGGCCAUGCGGGGCCAGGUGGACUACAGCAAGGUCAUCAACGGCAACCUGUGUACGUCGAUUCUUAUUCGUAUUCAACGCCAGCUCGAAGCCCUAAAGGACCUACAGUCCAUAAGCGUGUCUUACAGAUGGGCGGCGGAGAUCGAGCAGGUGAGCGGCCUGUUCCAGGAGAAGCAGGCCGAGCUGCAGGCGGCCGUGUUGCGAGUGGACCAGCUCAGCCUGCAGCUGGAGGACCUGCGUCGGGGCAAGCUCAACGGCGUCCAGACCGCGCUGGGCGGCCAGGUGACCGGCACCGCCGCCUUGGAGCUCAGGAAGCUCUACCAGGAGCUCCAGAUCCGCAACAAACUCAACCAGGAGCAGAACAGCAAGCUGCAGCAGCAGAAGGACCUCCUGAACAAGCGCAACAUGGAGGUGACGCUCAUGGACAAGCGCAUCAGUGAGCUGCGGGAGCGCCUCUACAAGAAAAAAGCUGAGGCACGUCAAAAAGAGAACCUCCCUCUGAACAGGGCCAACGGGCCGCCCUCGCCGCAGCCGGCCGCCGGCACGCUGGGCCGCGUGGCCGCCGUGGGUCCCUACAUCCAAGUUCCCGCGCCGAGCCGACAGGACUCCGGUUACGCCCUGCCGCCCGAGCCGCUCAAGCCGCAAACUCUGGCCGUCAACAACCAAGCCAACCAAGGGCGCGCCAAAUCAGACGGCGGCGCGCAAAAGCCCCCCGGGAGCCCCUGGAAGGUGUCUGAUUUAGACAUCGUCGUGGACCCGCUGCUUCCGGAGUCUCACCCGGGUCCGGGAGCCCCCGCCGGCUCUGACGGCACGUCCCCCGCCGGUGACGCCGGCUGGCCCCCUGCGGGUAAGACGGGCGCGUCCUUGAAACCUCCCGAGAGAAGGGACUCGGAUACGCUGGCCAAGACCCCACCUUCCGGCCCCCCCCCUGCCGCCGCGAGUGCAGAAAAGGUGCUGGAGUCCAAAACGGCCGCUUCGUCCCCUUCCCUAUCCAAGCCGCAACCGCCGCCGUACGGUUCGCACCACUCUUCGGCCAGCUCUUUGGAGCGGCGCAAGGAUGCUCCGCCCCCGCCGCCUCGCCAGCUGCCCAACCCCCCGGCGCCCACUUGGCCCCGCGUGGCGCCCACCAGCGGCUCUUCCUCGCAGCAGAUCCAGCAGCGGAUCUCGGUGCCGCCCAGUCCCACCUUCCAGCCCCACGCGCCGCUCUUCCCGCCCGGCAUGAGCGAGCGGCUGGACCACCCGCCGGCCGUGGCCGUGCGCCCCUUCAUUCCGGACAGAGGCUCGCGCCCCCAGUCGCCCCGGAAGGGCCCGGCCACCAUGAACUCCAGCUCCAUCUAUCAUAUGUACCUCCAGCAGGCGGCGCCAAAGAGUCAGCCACUCAAACCUGCGCUCAAAGCAGUCUAUGGGAAGCCUGUCCUCCCUCCCAACUCAACCCCCCCUUCACCCCUGCCUUUCGUCCCGGCCGGAGGGGCCUUCCCGUUGCUCCAGGGUCCGCCCGGCAGCAUGGAGGAUACGCUGGACGGUGACGUGGAGGAUCUGGAGGGCCUACGCCACACGGAGCCGUCGGCCCCUCCUCCCAGCGUGGAGAACAUCCCUCGGCCGCUCAGCCCCACCAAGCUUACGCCCAUGGUCCACUCCCCAAUGCGCUACCAAAGCGAUGCCGAUCUCGAGGUGCUCCGUAAGAAGCUGGCCAACGCCCCGAGGCCGCUCAAGAAGCGAAGCUCCAUCACGGAACCAGAGGGUCCGAGCGGACCUAACAUCCAGAAACUUCUCUACCAGAGAUUCAAUACUCUUGCAGGGGGGAUGGAAGGGAGCGCCGGGUCUGGGAGCGGCAACGGCGCCGGCAGCGGAACGCCAUUUUAUCAGCCGGCAAAUCCUCCCGGCUCUCUGGGUUGCGACCCGGCCGCGGACACGGACAAUGGCAACCUUCCCUCGGACACCUUGCCUCCGCCGCCGCAGCCCGAAUCCGAGGAGCAGGGCUCGGCGGUUUCCUCUAUCGACCCUAACGACAACCGGCCGUUGCCUCCACCUCCCGAAGGACUUUUGGACCCGGCUGAAGAGGAGGGACCUGAAGACAACAACAACAAUUUGGAGAGCUCCGAGGCUUUGCUGCCUAGCCCCGUGCUGGAGGUGACGUCGCCGGAGGAGAGCGGUAUCGUGCAGACCCGACCGUCGCGCACAAACUUAAAGAAACCAGAGUCUGAGCGCACGGGCCACGGCUACCGAGUGAAGUUCAACCCUCUUGCGCUCCUGCUGGACGCCUCGUUGGAAGGAGAGUUUGACCUGGUCCAGAGGAUCAUCUAUGAGGUGGAGAAUCCCAGCACCCCCAACGACGAGGGCAUCACCCCGCUGCAUAACGCCGUCUGCGCCGGACACCACCACAUUGUCAAGUUCCUGCUGGAUUUCGGCGUCAACGUCAACGCGGCCGACAGCGACGGAUGGACUCCGCUCCACUGCGCCGCCUCGUGCAACAGCGUGCACCUGUGCAAGUUGUUGGUGGAGUCGGGGGCCGCCAUCUUCGCCAGCACCAUCAGCGACGUGGAGACGGCGGCAGAUAAGUGCGAGGAGAUGGAGGAGGGCUACGUCCAGUGCUCGCAGUUCCUAUACGGCGUUCAAGAAAAGAUGGGCGUGAUGAACAAGGGCACGGUGUACGCCCUGUGGGACUACGAGGCUCAGAACCCGGAUGAGCUGGCCUUCAGGGAGGGCGACGGCGUCACCGUACUGCGGCGGCAGGACGACAGCGAGACAGAGUGGUGGUGGGCACAGCUGGAGGACACGGAGGGCUACGUGCCGCGCAACCUGCUGGGGCUCUACCCCCGCAUCAAACCUCGCCAGCGCUCCUUGGCAUAGCGUGGCAAUGCUAUAACAAAAGAGCAGAGAACAAAUGAGCCUCAUCAAUCUUCUCCUGGUGGCCAUCCCCCCUCACCCUGCUGUCAUUUAUUUACAUACACGCACUGUGAUGGACAAGCACUCCAAAUGCAGGAAAUCCCCAUGGUCACUUGGAAGCCAUCACUUGAGCCAGCCCAGUUGCCCUGUUCCACGGUGCAGCUGUUGAAGGUAACCCUUGUCGCUGCAGAAGCCCCCCCCCCCCUUUCUUCUCUUCAGCCAUCUUUUCUCCCCUCUCGUGGUCAGUAGGAGUCGACAGAGCAACAAUGACGUGUUGCUCAUGUGACAUUGAAUUGCAUUUUCAACCCUUUCUUUUUUUGUUUUUAACCACGAAAAAUUGCAAUAAGUAGUUUAUGUGUUUAAAGGUUUUAUGGGUGUACUAUAUAUAUAUAUAUAUUAUUAUAUAUUAUAUAUAUAUAUAUAUAUAUAUAUAUUAAAAGGUUUUACACAGCACACCAGAACAAUGGCAAGGUCAACACUACUUCACCAAGUUGCGAUAAAGAAACUGAGACUGUCACAGAAAGGCAUCCCGAACUUUUUUUAGUUUCCAUUUAAUGCUAAUGCUAAUCAAAGCGAGUUGACAUUCCCGAUCGUCAUAGAGAUGUUUUCCAUUCGAAUGCACCCCGGCCCGUUAUUUUGCAACGCCACCCGUUCGUUGUGUUCCCACGAUGGCUGUGACGAGCCUUCUAAGCUCAGGACCGACACGGUGCUGCUGGUGACACUCUAGUGUUCUUAUUUUAAUGUUCACCAAAUCUCACAGGGGCAACAACCAAACGUUGGUAAAAAGUCCCCUCUAUUUUAGGAGAGACUCACCAUCCGGAAGUGGCGUCAUCAUUCUUGUAUUACCUUCCCAUGCAUGUACCUUGUUGUACACGUGUGCUACCCAAAAACUCUGCAGUGUAUUUUUCAUCCUCACGCGUGCGAGUGGUCCAGGGCUUCAUUUUGGAUUCCAAAAUUGUACAUAACCCGAGGAGGAGCGUCCUACGAUUCUUUGUUUGCUGUACGGACGGGACGAGGUGGGCUCUCUCUUAUAAUGCUGUACUCCACACAAAUACAAAGUCUGUAAAUGUGAACAAUAAAAGUGAAGCUCUG